CGUCAAACUCAACCACCGCUUCCCGUCUCAGCGUACGGAUACGUGGUACGCAUCCAGCGCAGAUACCACUACGGGAUCCGUCACAGAUUGCUGUCGCCUUACAUUUCUGCGCACUUUGUAGGUGUUACCCUAGCUUCGUAGGUAGAACUCUCGUUUAGCCCUAACGCACUGCCGGCCACCCCGAUUGCUCUUUCAGCAACAUUUAACGGAAUGUAUUGUUAAGAAUGGAUGCUGCGGUCACGGAGUUCUUUUCAUUAGAGGAUUCGCCAGCACAACCACCGGCGAAUGCCGAAGACACCAGCCUGCGAGACCAUUACGGGUUCGCGGUCCCAUCCGAUUACCAUGAACUGUAUAAGCUAUACAGUCCAAUAUGGGAGAAAGAGGAGACGGAGCGCGAGGCUCACUGGAGCUACUACUUGAGCGACCUGGCGCAUUUCACUUCAGACGGUGGCAAGUUCACCAACUUGGAGGAUCUAUGCAGCGGUUGCCUCCAGGAAGGAGUUACGAUGGCGCGCGAUGAGAAAGGGCCACCUUGGCCACAGCGCCAAAAGCUUGAAGCGCUGGUACAUGGUGGCGUGCCCUUCACAAUCCGCGGCACCGUCUGGACUAUUUUCUUGGACACAUCGGUCCGCAAGCAGCGCGACUACUAUCAUGACCUGGUAAAGCGCUGCCUGGGCGACCUGCAGUACCGCGGCAGUUUGGAACUGGACGAGAUACGUCAGCAAGCGACCCAUGCGUCUGCAGCGCUGCAGGACGCCGCUACGCUGCACGGCCUGAGCGGCUUCACCGCUGUGACGGAGAAGGCGCUGGCCACGUGGCGGGCCAACAGCAAGGUGUGGCUGACCCAGAUCGAGAAGGACCUUCCGCGCACCUUCCCCGGGCUGCAGCUGAUGGAGCUCAGCGGCCGCCCCGCACUGCGCCGCGUGCUGGCAGCGUACAGCCUGCACAACUCGCGAGUGGGGUACUGCCAGGGGCUCAACUUCGUGGUUGGCACGCUGCUGCUGUUCCUGAACGAGGAGGACGCGUUCUGGUGCCUGUCCGCGCUGCUGCAGGACAUCCUGCAGGGCUACUACGAUGUGGACAUGAUGGCCAUGCAGGUGGACCAGCGCGUGUUCAAGCGGCUGGUGUCGGAGCACUUCCCGCAGCUGGCGGCGCGGCUGGAGGGGCUGGGGGCGGACGUGUCGUGCGUGUUUGUGCAGUGGUUCCUGUGCGUGUUCGUCAACUUCCUGCCCAUCGAGGCGUGUCUGCGGGUGUGGGACGCGCUUUUCUACUACCGCUCGCCCACCGUACUGUUCAAGACCGCCCUGGCGCUGCUGGACGUCUUCUCGCCCGCCCUCUCCGACUGCUCCGAUGUGCUUGACGCGCUGGACACGCUGCAGAGCCUCGCGCCGCUCACGUACGACAGCAACCGCCUCAUGCAGGCGGCGCUGGGGCCGCGGUUCGAGGGCGUGUCGGAUGCGCGGCUGGACACCCUGCGGCAGGAGUACCGCCAGGAGGUGGAGGCGGAGGCGGCGGCACUCGCAGAGGAGCUUGCCUGGGAGGCCUCCUCCGCCUCCUCCUCCGCAGCAGCAGCAGCAGGUCCGGGUCCUCACCCGCACCCUCAGCAGCAGCAGCCGCCGCAGCAGCAGCAACCCCAACCCAGCAAGAUCAGCGUCCUUAAGAUGCUCGCUCGCGGCAUGAAGGAGAAGUUCACAGGAGGCGGCGGGGGCAGCGGCAUGGGCGGCGGCGGGGGACCCGCAGCCGCUGCGGCCGCCGCCUUGGCUGCUGCGGGAUUCAGUUCAGGAGCGAGCAGUGUGGAGCGGGCGGCGUCGCCGGCGUCGCUGGACCCCGCUGCUGCUGCCGCCGCCGGGCCUAACGCCGCCACGCCCAAUGCUGCUGCCGCGGCGGCGGCGUUUGGCUGCACUGCCGCCGCUCACACCGCCGUCUCCAAUAACAACAACGGUGGCGGUGGCGGUGGCGGUGCGGAGGAGCCUCUGCUGGUCCGCACCCUCUCCCCCCCGCUGGACGGUCCCUCGGGGGGUGCUGACGUAGACAGUGACGACUACCCCCCCGAGGCCGGGGAGGAGGCCUUCACAUUUGAGCAGGUAGGCUACAUGGCGCCCUCGGAGCCGUACGGAGAGCAUUGUACGGAAAGCGGCGGCAACGUGGCGGCUGCUGGUGCCGUACUGGUGGCGCACCCCGGGAGGGAGGAGGAGGGGUCCCGUGUCGCGUUUGUAUGCGUGGGGGCGGCUGCUCCCGCGGCGGCGGCGGCAAUGGAUCCCCGUCUUCAGUCCUCGAGACAGCAGCAGCCACAGCAGCUACAGCAGCAGCCACAGCAGCUACAGCAGCAGCAAGAGUUCGUGCCGGUAAAGCAGGAGGGUGGGAGGGCAGUCGCAGCGGCGGCGGGAGGGCUUGGCGGUCGAGGAGGGCCCUGCGGUUCGGAGCCUGACUCCAAACCAGCGGUUGCAGCAACGCCGGUGGCGGGGAGCGCGACGCUACCAGCAGCAGCUGCAUCAGGAGCAGCAGCGGCGGAAGAGGAAGACCCGCUAGCUGGCUUGUUACCCCUGGCGACGUCCGACUCUGACAGCAGCCGCCAAACGCAGCUUUCCUCAGGCCACACCAGUCGUACCGCCCCGACCUUGUCGUACAUGUGGCAUGAAACGCCCAAAUGGACGAGCAUGCGCGUCGGCGCCGCAGCCGACGUUUCAUCUUCCAUCUCCGCGGCCGCGGCCGCCGGCUCUGCCGCCGCCGGCACCCAAACUGCAACCACCACGACAGCCGCUUCAGCGCCCGCGGCACUACAAACACCCGGCGCUACCGCCGCCAUUCCGGAUGCAACAACCUCCGCCGGCGCCGUUGCCGCUGCUGCAGCGGCUGCCCCCGAAACCCCCCUGGGCCCCUUGUCGCCGCAAGUGCUCAUGCUAGCGGGGUCGCAGUCCCUCGCGGCGCGCCUACCGUCGGAGGUCAUCGGCUUGGAUCCCGACAGCGCUGCGGACGCCGACUCCGACGUCCUGCACCCGCUGCGGUUGAGCUUCCACGGCGGCAUCGCGCCGCUCCUGCCGCUGGCCGGUGACGUCACGGCACUGGAGCUUGUACGGCAUGUCAGCGGAGGUGCCGCCGCCGCCUCCGCCGCCGCCGGCAGUACUGCUUCGGAGCUGGUGGCGGGUUUGGUCGAGGGUACGGCCGCGCCUCCUCCAGCGGAGGCGGUGGUGGGGCCAAGGGAUGCCGGCGUUCGAUGUUCAGUUACCGGUAGUUCGGACUUUAGUCAGGUGCAGGCUGCGGACCAGGCUCGGCGGGCGCAGGGGGGCAAGCGGCGGUUCAGCAAGGCGUCCUUGAGGGCGUGGGACAUCGCUUUGGCGCCUCUGAAGCGCCGUCAAGACGAGCAGCAGCAGCAGCAGCAGCAACAGCAGCAGCCGCAAACGCAAUCAGCCCAACAACAGCAACAGCGAAGCAACGCACAACCACCCCAGUCGCAGCAGCAACAGCAGCAGCAGAAGCCCGAACGGCUUGAGGCUCCAGGGGGUUCGAAGACACCGCAGGGUCUUCUGGGCCAAGGCACCUUGCCGCCUCCAUCACCCUCGCACCCGCAGCAGCAGCCGGCCUCGCAAGCCCCCAUGCACACGCCCACACGCCCGCAGCCCCCUCCUUCCCCUCUGCACCAGCAGCAGCCCCAGCAGCAGCCCCAGCACCCUCAGCAGCUGCAGAGCCCCUUCCUGGGAGGAGGGGCCGGCGCCGCUGCUGCUGCCGCCGCCUGCCGCAGCGCAGACGGCCCCUCAGACCGCCGCCGCGCGCAGGGGGCGCAUCCUGGUCCUGAUGCACACGUCUCCACUACCUGUGGACCGGGGGCCGGCACAUGCACCCCGGCCCCAGCAGCAUGCCCGCCCGGCCACCUGCCCGCCCACCCCCUACAGGGAGUCAACUCGGGGUCGAGCUCCGGUGGUGCGCUGGGGCCCUCCUCCACCCGCAGCUCGUGUGACAUGGGGCCCGGCAGGCAGGCAGGGGACCUCGGUCUGCCCGCUGCCACUCCGCCGGUAACACCUGGCGGCGGCGGCGCUACCGCCGCUUCGCAGCAGCAGCCGCAGCAGCAGCCGCAGCAGCAGCCGCAGCAGCAGCCGCAGCAGCAGCGGCAGCAUCCGUCGCUUCUUACACCGUCUGCGUCCCCGUUCGGUAUGGCUGCGACCGUCGGCGGAGGUGGAGGCGGAGGCGUUACUCCUCUGCCGGCCCCCGCUGCUGCUGCCGCCGCCACCACACCGGCGGCGCCGAUUCCAAUGGCGGCGGCAGGGACGGUGACGCGCGGCGGCGCUGCCACCUCCGCGCUUCCGCUGCCGCCUCACUCCUCCUACUCUGCUGCUGCUGCCGCUGCUGCCAUGCCGGUUGGUGGUGGUGGUGGUGGUGGUGGUGGCUGUCAGGUGGUUCCCCUAGGCAGCUCUGUGACCAGCACCUGCAGCGCGCUGUUGGUGGAUGAACACAGGGAGGCGUCGCCGGCUGAGGCGCGGGACGAGUGGGUGUUCAUGACAGUACCAGCGGAGGGCAACUACCCGCGCCGUCCUUCGCUGUCGUACACACCCUACGGCCCCGAGCAGCAGCACAGCGGCUCCCAAGACAAGUACACCUUGCUGUCCUGCGACAUGCGCCUCGACUCCGCAGCCCCCUCAGCUGUCCCUAACGCCGCCCCUUCCGCGGUCCUUACCGCUGUUCAGUCAGCAGCAGCAGCAGCACCUGCUGCUGCUUCCGGCCUCGCAGCAUCUCCCUACGUCCGCGGCCCGGCGGCGGCCACGCAGACCGCGCUGGCAGCCGCUGCCAACGGGUUCCCCAGCGGGGCUGCUGGCGGCAGCACCUGCUGCGCGACUCCUCACCCGCCGCCGCCACCUCAACCGCUGAGCGGCGUUGCGGAGGGAGAAGUGGAGUGGCGGACGCCCGCUGCCGGGGGUUGCGGGGGCCAGGAGGCUGCACGUGUGGUGCAGGAGUUGCGGGAGCUGCUGGGUGUGGAGGACCUGGCGCUGCACCACGGAGCGCUAGCGCAGCGGCUGAGGGGCCUGAUGCGGCUGCGGGGGGAGACAGCGACAGGGUCGGGGGCAGGGGCAGCUGGCAGCGAGCCGGGCCCCUCACGGGCUGCAACGGGAGGUACUGCUCCGCCGCUUGCUGCGGACCCCACGGGCCUGUCCGCCCCACUCGAGCGCCUGUCGCAGCUGCAGCAGCUGCUGGAGGGCCUGCUGGCCUCCGCCACCUCCGCUGCUGCCGUGCCGCCCCACGCCGCCUCUUCCUCCUCCGCCUCCUCCUCCUCUUCGAACCCCACUGCCGCCUCCACCGCAAUCAGCUCCACUCCCCUGUCCGGCCCUGCAGCGGCGGCGACGCCCUCCCUCACUCCCGCGGCCUCUGCGCCACCACCUGUAGCCGCCUCCAUCGCCGCCGCUGCCGGAGGCAACACCGCCACCGCCGCCGCCCCCUUCGCACUCGCGCUCCGUCCGGAGGGCUUGCUGCCCCUGCCGAUACCGCUGACGCUGCCGGCGGUGGCGGGGCCCUCCGCCGCUGCGUUGACUCCGUUUGACCAGCUGGUGGUGGGGCCAGGAGGGCAGGUACGACUGCAACCGUCAACGGCGGCGUCAGCGGCGGCGGUGCCGAACAACAACCUGCAGUCGGGGGGCGCGUUUGCAGCUGCCGGCGGCGGAGUUGCCGCCGCUGUAGCGCUAACGCCGGAUGCAGCCCCGCUGACGGCGGCAUCAUGCGCCGCCGUACAAGGAAGUACGGCACGAGGCGGUGUUGGUUGUGACUCGGGACAGCCUGCAACGGCUGCCACGUCAGGUGCAAGCGGGGCACUGUGUGGGGCACCAGGGGGCGGGCAGCAGCAGGCGGCAGCACCGCCGCCGCCGCAGCAGCAGCAGCUUUCCCAGCAGCAGCAGUUGCGCAGCGCGUUGGGUCUGUGCGGGCAGCUCCGAGGGGAGCUGGGCAGCAGUCGGCAGCGGUGCGGGGAGGCGCUGGGGAUCUUGGAGCAGUACGGCGUGCUGUGUGAGGUGCUGUCGGGGCGGUUGGAGGAGGUUGUACGGCAGUUGGCCGAGAAGCAGUACACGGUGGAGAAGCUGAGCAGCAAGCUGGACCAGACAAUGCAAAAGUACGCAGCUCAGGACACCGCCCUGGCCGACAAGGACCACGCCAUUCGCCACUUGCAGCACCAGCUACGGGGCGCAGCAGCAGCUGCCUCCAGUGCCCACGGCGGCGGCGGUGGCAGCGGUGUCAUGUCGGGGACCAUCAGCGGUCUCAGCAGCGCCCUGGGCUUCGGAGGCAGCAGCCAGCAAACAGCCACGGCGGCGGCCAGCGCUGGCGGAGUCGCCUCCGCCGCUGCCCCCGCCUCCGCCGCUGCAGCUCCGUUGCAUGGCACCAGUGCCGGGGCAGGCCGCAACGUCCCCCUGGGGCAACAGCUGUACGGCGGGGGUACGGCCGGAGGUGGAGGCGGAGGCGGAGGCAUGUGGACGGAUGGGUUGAGCAGUGGUGGCGGUGCGGGGAUGUGGCCGGGCGGCAGGAGCAGCAGUCCGCAGCGCCCGGGUCAGUCGGGGCUGUUGUGGCAGUUUGGGAAGAACUUGAAGGCCAAGUUUGGGGGCAAGGAUGAGGCGCAGGAGGGCUGAAGAGCAAGGGGUGCGGGUGGGCGUGGAGGGGGCGUGCAUGCGCGAGCGUGCAUGUGCUGGGCAGUCUGGCCGCGAGUAGGAACGUACGGGGUUGUGGGGCAUGUGUGUCGGGGGAAUAUAUAAUAAGUGCAAACAACUAGAGUCCCAACUAGAGGGGGGGAGGCGGUGCCGUUGCGAGCCUGCGAAAGGCCGGGCUGCGACCCGCGUAGCAUGCAGCAAGGGUGGGUUUGUUGCUUGCGCUGGAUUUCCUCGUAGCUAACGAAUCUGCGACACGCCCGACUUGGUGGGCACAGCUGAGCGAACACGUGAGGCUUGUGUGUGGACGCAGCUCCAGUGCCAAGACGCACGAAGCCACGACGUUCGACAUCGCCGUCUGUAUCAUUUGUAUUGGCGCUGCUCCAAGCUAUUGAUGGAACUGUAGAGCUGUAUGAUGACGAAGAAAAAACAAAGCGCGCUCUGGAGUUUCUACGGGACCUUGACAAUGACCUUGCGUCGAAGCAGACGCUAAGAGCAGCGAGGUGGAACACGCCAAAGAUUAUGCGUGCCCGAAGUGCGCUGGCAACACCAAUUUCAACUACAUCUGGAUUGGGGGACCUCGCUGCAGUACACGAUAUCAAUGCGGGGUGUUGCUUAUAGCUGACGGUGGAAAACUUAAGGGGCAACGCUGGAUGUGAUGACGGAGGGGUGGGAGUUGCACUGUUCCAACAACUUGCCACCAUGAUACGGUACUCCGCAUGUCUAGGUGAGGAAACCCUGCGGAGUGAAACAAGUGACGCCAGCAGCACUGCACCACAAAUGCUCGUAUGUCUUGUGGUCAUAAUAGGCUACACCAAUAACCUGUGGCACACAGGAUAACCUGUGGCCGGGAAUGAUGAGUUCCAAUCCCCAGUCUGUUGGCUGUUGCUCACGGCCCCUCUCUCCCUUGCUGCCCCCUCCCUUGUGCACCACGCAUGGCGCGCAACGUGUUUACAACGCCACGAUGUCCAUAUAGGGUUGCAUGUACCCGUUCAUCAAUGAGUUACGGGUCAUUGAAUGUUUUGUUGAACUCUUUGCACGUUAAAUAGGCAGCGAAGCGCCUUUAAAGAAGCGGGGCAGGGUGAGCCACGCCAUGGGCGAUUGAUGACCUUGCCCACCUCCCACGCCGCCUGUUCAUCACCUUGGAACACACCUCGCCACCCGGGCAUAUUUUGUUCACCUAGUGCCGUGGGGUCUAGCUGAGUCACAUGUGAUGUGAUGAUGUGCCGUCCGAGCCGCCGCAUGGGGGCAUGUACGAUAUGAGGCGGACUGGGUACGGUAUCGUACCGUAUUCGUACUUGUCUGCCCCCCUCUCGCACUGUAACAGUCCACAGGCA